AAAUACGGAGAUCCACCUCGAGAGCGUGCAAUUAUCCACCGCAGAGCGUCAUGUUUGGCUUCAGCAGCAGCUCGUUUCUCGCUGGCCGACAUGAUGCUACCAAAGAGCGCACGCCGCCCUCGAAGCCCACGCCUGUCGUCUUUCCCUCCUUUCUGCCUGAGCCGUCCGUGUCCCGGGAGCCUCCGAAAUGGACCACAGGCGAUUCCUCCGAUCUAACUGCACGCUUCGUCGCUAUCAGGAAGCCCUCUGAUGUGACCGCCGAGCACUUGGCUCUCCUAAAUGUCACGUGCGAACAUCCAGGGGACUUUGAAUCGCUCCUAUCUACUUCACCGAACGGAUUAUCAUUUUUGCCUCCCACAUCCUGGUUGGAGCCACUCCAAGAGGGCGUCGAAGUGGACCCUCCAAAUCGAGUGCUCAGCAAUGGCAGGAAGCCUCUUGACCGCAAGGACUUCUACAUCCGAGCCAAGGAGCUCUAUUGCACCAACGAAGAUGCCUUCUCGGUAUUAACCAGGACCCCCAAACUGAAUCAACCAGCGCCUCGCCUUGCUCAUUUCCGCCGGUUCUGGGAAGGCCUAGACAACAUGGCCUACUACUGGGACACCUCCCUGGACGAAUAUAUCCCACCAGCACCAGAAGCUGCUCACGAAGACCCCGAAGACUCCGACAGUCCUUCCAAAGAAGCCCCAGCCAACGACCGUGGCCUCCAAGCCGAGAUCGAAGCCAUGAACGUCGAAGAACCGCGAAAGAAAGCAAAGACCGUGAUAGAAUCACCUAAGGAGUCCCCAUUACCCACUCCCGAGACCAAGCCCGAGCCAAAACCCUACUCCAAACCCACCCCGCCAGCCACUAUAUAUUCCAGCUCCAGCCUCUCCCUCCCCGCCCGCACUCAGCCCCCCAAAGUCCCCGGUGCCGCGGCUCCAGAGCCAGCUGAAAAAAUCCCGGGCACGUACCGCGGCAGCCGGCUAGGCAACGGCGCCGAGAUGCCAGAUGCCUAUCGCCUGGACACCGUGCGAGGCUUUCUGGAGCCCAUUGCGUGGGCGUUUGGCCUCACGCUUGUGCCGCAUCGACGCCCACCCGCGUUGGCUCUGGAGAGUGUUCGCUUCCCCGUGCGCAUGAGUACUGUGGCUUGGAGGGCGCCGGCAGAUAGGACGAGAGCGCGUGCGGGCUGGUUGGAGGGGCCUGUGCUGGGGGUUCAGUGUAGAGCGGAGACGGAGUUUGGAAGUGGUGGGUCAUUGGAAGCAGAAUCGGUGCUAGACGUAGUUAGAGAGCUUGGGGGGCUGUUGCUGUUAUCUCAAGAGCGGACAAGAGAAGGUAAGACGGAGCGGAAGCCUGGGGAUGGUAAGUGGUGGGUUACUCGGCCUCGAUGGGGUGGAGGCCUAGGGGGUGAAGUUGGAGAAGCGUCAGGGGGAAGCGAUGUGCCAGUAGAGAAGGAGAAGGAGAAGGAGGAGAAGCCUGUGCGAACAAGACUGGGCGGGAGAGAAAGGCGGCGAAUGUCAGCUGCGGAGAUUUGGAAGGUUCUGAAGCCUGGCAAUGGCUUCUGGGACCCCAAAGUCGAAUAUCAAGCCGUUGGGAAGAGCUCUGAUGCGGAGUGGGAUGAAGUCUACAUGGUUUCGUCACUCAACCAUCAUGUCAGCAUUCUCAAGCUGCGCGUCCACCCGCUCUAUGUCCAAUUUUUGACGGAUGGCGUUUUACCGCGCAAUCUACCGAAAGAUGAACAAUGGGCUUCGCCCGUAUUACACCGCACGCGGUGGUAUGACUUCUUCGUUGUUGAGGACAGGAUAGAACUUAUGCGAGGACUUUGGGGUAUCAUGGGGUACCUGAUGCGACAAGAAGAGAACGUAGAUACUACCAUGAAGGAUAGCUAGGCUUAGCCUGCUAUCAACACAGAUAACCGUGCUUUAGGGCGGGAAAUGGAUACUUCCCUGACCUUUUGCCUGCAGAUUUGGUGUGAGUGAUAACGAUUAGAAAUUGUUUUCAGUUAUAGAGUUCGUUAAUUGAAAAUUAGACACGCAGAGAGAUGAUCAAGGAAGGGAAACCUCAUCCAGUUUGAAUGUAUCCCUACAGCUAUUCGCAUACCUUGCAAAGUCUAUAAAGGCUGUGACCUCAAUUAACACGUAUCAUACACUACCGCUAUACCCAGCUAAUCCACGGCCCCGUUUCCAGCGAUGAUAGUAUUUUCUAGCUUCAUCUGCC